AUCUAACUUCCGAGACUUCCGCUCUGGACUCAGAGUCUGCUUGUCAUCCGACAUUCCGAACGUAUCAGACGAAGUUCCGCUCACAGUUUUAAGGACGGCUACUCAGAGCUAUGUUCAUCUCAAUUCUCCUUCUCAAAUAUCUCAACCCACACCAGUACUUUGAUCGCUAAUCGCUCUACCAUGUUCGAGAACUUUACAAAAAAAAUUGUCGACUCAUUAUUGGGCUCAGACGACGAGGCCGAGCAUCAGUUUCUGGAUAGACAAACGGCUUACAUCGAGUCUGAUGGUGCCUACAUUCGUCCUGACAUAGAUAGUCACUGGGCGUUUGCAAUGGCAGACACAAUUCAAGUUUUAGGUUGUGUCUGUAUCUGGUGUAGGAGAAAUAGCGAAUCGGACGGAGACUCGCAGGUGGAAAGAGGACAACCGAGUCAAUCUCCACACCCUCACAUCCGCCCACGGAAGGUGUGCGAUUCGCCAAUGGCUACGACAAGUGAGGUUUUGGAGGUGCUGUAUCCUCUAUCAUAUCUUGACACCCCUACGGCCCUCGACCCUGAGGCUAGUCCUCCCGCUUACGAGCUGCGACCCACAGUACCUCCAAAUACUCCGCAAGACCAACUGCCUCCUAUUUCUUCCCGAGAUGGCAUGGAUCUCGUCCCUUUUACCCCUCGUCCUCCGCAACUCACUCCUUCCACGGAUCCUGUGUCAUCUUACCACUUGUCCGAUACUCCUCUUGACGUCGCUGUUCCAAGCUCACAAUCUCCUCGUCAACCAUCAGCAGGGAUUGCGCGACAACCAAUCACUGGAAAUUUACUGGAGUCUCAUGAAGAAGUUGAUAAUGUCGAGCUUCCGGCAUACAGUCAGUUCGAUUCUUCACGGCCCCAGUUCCCAGCUGCUUCUGACAUCCUGGGACCAUACCCGCAUAUCUCGAUGCUUUCCCCGAAUCUUGGGUGAUCUAGGGGGGUUUGAUAUAAUAUACAUUGUUCUGGAACUUGUAUCAAAAAUAUAUUCCAUGUAUCCCUAGAUUUGCAAUGCAUUAGACUGGUCGAC